GCGAUCGCAUCCAGACGUGACACAAAAUUUUGCGCCUCGAGUAUUGUUCAUUCAAAAGAGAUCAAAAGAAACAUCUAGUACAACAAAAAGUGAUUUACAAAUUAAUUAAGAACAUAGUUGAAUAAGCAAUAGGAAAAAAAGCAGAAAUGAAAUCGGCAAAUCGUAACUCAAUACUGUGCGGAUUGCUGUUUCUACCUGUUUUCAUUGGUUUUUGUGUGGGAGCUCCGGCGAAACAAUAUGAUUUAACUACUUUUCUUGCGCCAGACAGCAAUGAUUCAACUCAAGAAGAUACGGAUGUCGCAGCAUUGGACCAUUUGAAGCAUUCGACGACACAUCAAACGAAAGACGAGACAUUGCCGGCACUCGAAAAGCAACUCGAGUCACAAACGGAGCUCAAUUUGCCGCACAACGUCGAUGUGCACGACGUUGAGAAUCCGGUAAAUGAGAAGCCAACGACAGUCACGAGUCAUAUCAAGAGCGAAGUGACACACGAACACGAACGUCCCAACGUACCUCCCUUCGAUGAGUCGUCAUUGCCGCAGGAGCAACAACACGAAGACGAACAAAAGCCCACGCAAAAGUCAUAUUCUGGCGCGGCUCGUCUGAUGACUUGUAGCACAUGCGGAGGAGGAGAAAAGCAACAACAACCAGCAUCACCGCACGCUCAUUCAACGGAUAAACGUAUUAAAUUGAAUGUCAAUCGAAAUACGAUUCAGAACGCUGAAUCGCUUUUCAAACACAAAAAUGGACAGUAUUCCGCGACAGAUUUAGCUCAGUACAUUUUUUGGACCGGAGAUGAAGCUGGCGUAGCUCGCGCCAUUGAAGAAUUAAUCGACUCUGGAUUACUUUCUCGUGACUCUGCUUUGAUUCUUUUAAAGGAAAUUCGCUUGGUGACAGAUGAGUUGCAGGAAACUUACUCAAAAUAUGCAAAUGAGGUCACUUCGGCGCGUUAUCAGAAGGAUGAUGAACUAAUUCCGUCUAAUUUGAACAAUAAACCAGAAAUUCCGUCGUCAACUCUUUCUCCAGCGGUUUUGAAAACUCUUGCUAGUAUCCCGAAUUUGUUGAAACUUGAAGGAGCAGCUAAAAAUGAUGUUUACUUUGACGAAUCCAGUGGUCGUUUACGCCUUGCUGACUUCUUGUAUGCCGAAUACACGCUCGAACAGGUUAUUUACCAACUAGCACGUGUCAUGUUCACGCAAUCUCUCACCCAAGAUCAAUCCGAAGAUACCCAAGUAGCGUUAGAAAAAUUAACCGCCUUCUUGGAGAACGAAGGACAACAAGGUCGCAUUUCGCCCGUUUUACAAAAGAAAAUCCUGGAUGUUUUGUUGGCUGCAUUGUCGGAUGUCUUGCACGAUAGUCCCGAACUGAUGUCAGCAGCGAAACACGCACUCGGCUCGUACUUGUCUCAGUUACCCGUCACACAUGAGUACAAAAAUUAAGGGAAAAUCCACGGAUUUUUCCUGUAAAUUAUUAGGAGCAAAGACUUACGAUAGUUGCAUGUAGCAUCCCACUGAUGAUGAUAACUACUUAUUAUUAUUGUAUCUUACUUAGAGGACCACACUAACACAAGGGGAGGGAAAAAGUAAAAUUUCUUUUUUGUUGCUGCAACUUUUCACAAUAAUAAUCAAAAGUGACUUCGUUACCGAAUUUACGUUUUUAAUGGUUGAAAGUUACCACAAAUCGUUUAUAAAAGUGUUGAAAGAAUGAAUAUUUCCCCCAAAUAUUUCCUUAAAUUUAUCAUGAAUGUAAAUUAAAGUCAAUAAAACAUAUAA